AUGUUCCACACUCCUCCAACCAAACAAACAUGGCCGGUGGAGACAGCAAUUAAUAAUUCAUACAACUCGGAAGGAACUGAGGUGGUGGUAGACAGCGCUAACAAAACUGAGUCUGAGCCGUCAUCAAUUACUGCUGCAAAUACUCAGCCAACCAGCCCAAGCAUUCUUGAAGAUGCUUUUGAAAUGCCAGAGGAGUCUUCUUUGCCUUUAGAGCUUCUGAAGGAAUACGAGGCUUUCCUCAAAUACCUCAAAGAACCACGAUUUGCACGUCCGUUGGCUACUUGUGAGAUCGCUGAUCUUUUCCAUAGAUUCUAUCGUAAGUUUAGCGCCAAAGCACACAGCUUUGUCUAUGAUUCCGGCGUCAAACAACCUGUGGAAUUACCUGAAUAUGAUACACCCCGAGAUUACGCCUGCUAUAUAUACAACGUUCUUGCCGAGAGAAUGGUAUGCGAUAAGUUUUACAGCUCUAUUAUGUUUCCUAGUAAGGGAAUCAGUAUCGAUGAUUAUGUGCGCAAAUUAAAUGAUAGUUUGGCAGUGAAAUUGGCCUGUCUACACUCUCUGAACAUUAAAUUCAGCCAUCUAGAUAUCGAUCUUCCCGAAGAUGAAGAGAAGUUCUUUGUGGACGACAUACAUAAGAUUAUUCUUCCGAUAUUUGAACUCUUUAGUUCCGAAAGGUCCCCCACACUCAAAGCGAAAUACCUCUAUAAGAUCCACAUCACCAUUUCGACGAUAAUUCAGCAUAUGGAGACCGGGAAAAACCCCAAUUUCGCCAUGAACACCGAUAUCUACCUACCAGUCUUGAUAUACACUAUCAUCCAACUUGAAGAUCUUCGUACCCAUUCCUUGGUAUCCCAACUCAACUUCAUGAAACAGUUCACCGACGAAUACAUUUAUCAACUCGACGACGAGACUUACCGUGACGAAAGGGGUAAACUCUUGUAUGUUCUGACGAAUUUCGAGGCCUGCAUCUCCUAUUUAGCCAGCGUAACUCUAGACGAUCUUCAUAUUGAACCACCAGGCGAUGAAACAGACCAACAGGUAUUGGAUAUUCUAACUAAACCUAUGGUAAUAGAAAACAUCGAAGAAGAGACCAGGAAGUACAAACAAGCUCAUUCUGUUCCGAGAUCUCGUUCCAGCUCGUAUUUCCCCUCCUCUUUUCAGCAAUCAACUCCACUAUCAGAAUCGAUCUACCAUGCAGAUCAAGGACUUAGAAAUAUCAGCAGAUCCGUAGAUGCUAGUCUCAAAAGUAUCAUGGGUAAAGUUCCCUGGAUAGCGAUUAAUUCCAGUAGUCCUAAAGAUGGUGACACCUUAGAUAAUGCACUUCGUCAACAGCUAGAAGAGAACUUGGCAUUUCAGGAAUCUCAAAAAACUCUAAUAGAAGACCACCACAUCAGUCCUAUAUCUUCAUCAUCAAUCUCGACCGGCAGCAACAGUUUGAAACAUCAUUCCAACUUGUCCUUGAGUUCUAUCGGAAGUAAAACGGGUAUACCAGCCAUUACUACUGCUCCAUCCUUACCUCCAGAGAGAUUACUGAGUAGACUCACCAAUAGUGUUGGUAGUGCAGUGAAAAACUUCCUUCCUGCCAGUGCCAGUUCAUCCAAUAUCUCAUUAGGGGUACAAUCCGAGUCUCAGCAACGGUCCAAGGUGCGUAGUCGUGCUGCUAGUCUUAUGAGUGGCUCGUUUUUUAGUGGAAGUCCUCAACGAAUCUCGAGAUCAAGUUCUCUACAACAAAUUGGGAAUGAAGGAGACAAGCAAGGAGGAGGGAUCUUUAAUACACUAGAAAAUGCACUAGAGACAGUGAAAAAUAGGAGUCGAGGAAACUCUGUAGUGGAGCCUCCAAAGCAAUUCAACAAGACCUUUGAACAGAUGAGUAUUGAAGAGUUAAAAGAGAUGUUUGAAGGGUACCAGUCUUUGACCAACAAAACCAUAUAG